AUGUCGCUACAGGUUGAUGACGGUGGCCGUCGUGGUCGCUCACGUUCGCCUGGACGGCGCGGGGAAGAUGAGGACCGCGACAGGAGCCGUGUCCGCGCCUCGCCUAAUGUUGUCGACGUGCCGUACCCGAGCUCCGUUGUCGACGUCCCGCGAGAUCCGACAUCCACUGCAUAUGAAUAUGAACGCUUGUCAAAAUGGCCGACGGCUGCCGAGCCUGAUGCGGGGUACCACCCGCGACGCGCACCGCCAGUUGAUGAUCGCGAUGAUCCCUACGCUCAGGCGCGGCGUGAAGUCGAGUACCGCUACGACUCUGACCGGCGACGUGACCGAGACAGUGGCUCGGACCGCGAAAAGGGGCGCCAGCGCAGCGAUUCAAACCGCGACUCUGCCCGCCAGCGGCCGGAGCUCUUCCUCCCUUCCAAGUAUGCCGCCCAUAUCAAGACGGUAGAGCCACCGUCGCCCCGCCAAUCACGCGAUUCCUUCAGCGGCAGGGAGCGAGAGUCCAGCAAGGAGCGCGAGCGCCGCCGUAAGAAGGAGAAGAAAGAGAAACUGGAGAACGACCUAGCUUACGGCAAACUCCCCGGGCCCCCCAAGUACGAGGCCCCGUCUUCUCCCCGCCCCGACGUCUACGCGCCGCAACAGCCCCCCCCGGAGAUCUACACGGCGCAACCUCCCCGCCCGGAUAGCUACGCCGGAUAUGCGCAGCCGAAACCGUGGGAGUAUGCCAAACCGCCGGAGGAGCCCCGGUAUAGCGCCACGCAUCUAGACGUUCUCGGCCCAAGUGGACGUCCCUGCCGUUCCUCGAGCCCGGGCCCGGGCCCGUCGUCGCCGAUCAAGUCGGCCAUGAAGCGCGACCGGUCGCCCCAACCCCCGACGGCCCGCAUGUCGAGCUUGACGGUCAACACCCCUCACCACUCCGCCUCGCUCUCCGUCUCGGCCGCGCCGGCAUCUCCGCUCCUAGAAGCCUACCACGGGACGUGGCAAUCCAUGUCCCCCAUGCCCUCACCAAUGCUCAUGGCCGGUGGGAAUCCGCAGAUCCUCGACGCGCUCUCCCCCAUCGGCUCAGAUGACGAGCGCGCGGGCGAGAAGCGGCGCGCCCGUCGCGCCCGGUUUGCGGACCCCGCGGACGAUGCGGCACGGCUCGCCAAGGCGCUCAAGGGCGAGCGCCGGGCACCGGAAACGGAGCCCCUGAUUGAGAUCCUGCCCGGGCUCACGCACGAGCAGAUUAUGGACCUGCGGGCUGAGUACAAGCGGCUGGUCAAGACGGGCUCGGAGCGCAAGGGCGUCAACAUUGCCAAGCACAUCCGGGCGCGGCUGAAGGACGAGGACUCGAACUUGAUGAAAGCGUGCUACGCGACGGCGCUGGGCCGGUGGGAGUCGGAGGCGUACUGGGCCAACUUCUGGUACCACGGCGACAAGACACGGCGCGAGUUGUUGAUCGAAUCCCUGACGGGGCGAACCAACGACGAAAUCCGACGCAUCAAGGAGGGGUUCAGUGACAAGAAGUACAGCAACAGCCUGAGCAAGUGCAUGCGCACGGAGCUGAAGGAGGACAAGUUCAAAAAGGCCAUCCUGAUGGUGUUGGACGAGCAGCGCAUGGAGGAGGAAGACGUCUACGGCCACCCGAUGCGCAUCGACUACGACCUGGUCGACGACGACGUGCGCCAGCUGCACCACGCCGUCCGCAGCGAAAAGGGCGGUGAGACCCUCAUGCUCACCAUCGCCAUCCAGCGCAGCGAUUCGCACCUGCGGGAGGUGCUGCGCGAGUACAAGGAGAAGUACAAGGGGGCCAACUUUGCCAAAGACGCGCUGAAGAAGAGCGGGAACCUAGUGGGCGAAGUCCUCGCGCACAUCCUCAACGGCGUCAUCAACAAGCCCGUGCGCGACGCGAUGCUGCUGCACCACGCGCUGACGGCGUCGCGGCGCGACGAGCUGCGGCGCGAGCUGCUCAUCUCGCGCCUCGUGCGCUACCACUGGGACGCCGCCCACAUGGCCGCCGUCAAGCGCGCCUUCCGCGAGCAGUACGGCCGCGACCUGCAGGACGCCGUCCGCGACGCCACCAAGGGCGAGUGGGGCGAGUUCUGUGUCCAGCUGUGUGUGGCGCGCAUGCCCGAUGAUGUGCGGAGGGUGGAGAGGGUGGAUAUUCAUCGGUAG